GCGCCGGGUAAAAGGGAUUUGACAGUUGGAAGUCUUGAGCGGAUCCCCGCACUUCGCUUCCUCAGUGGGGCCGGAGGAGCCAUGGCGGCUGCUGCCUGCGGACAGCACGGCGCUCUGGUAGCAACCGCAGUCAGCGGCAAAAAGACGGUCACUUACCGGGAAUACAACAGGAGGAACCGGGAGAACUCCCGCCGAAGACAAGCCGCUCUUUUGUUCCUGACCAACAUCUCUCUCGACGGUCGGCCAGUCCGGAGUAAUUCAGCGGAGGAUGGAAGGAGCUACAACAAAGAACCCGAGUUUGAUGGAGCAAACCCCGGCUCCGCAGCAGCGGGAGAUCUCUCUGCGGAUCCCCUUCACAUGAACAGCCUGUCGGGGUCUGUCAGUUGUGGGGUCGUUAGUCCCGGGUCGAAGGCAGGUCUCACAGUACCGCCAAUCCUGGUCCUUCCGUCCGAUAACGGGUUUAACGAUGUGGGGAGCACGGAGGAGCUGCUGGGAUGCCGCCGAGGCUCGUUCCCCUCACCGGGGGACGGUAACCUGCUCUCCCCGUCCCCCUCCAACAACAGCCUGCUACCGUCUCCGCUGGGACCGCGGAAGUCCUCCACGCUGCUGUCGGUCCAGAGCUGUAACUCUGUGUCCUCCGAACCUCGGCACAGAACUCGGAACCUCUCUGGUGGUUCUCCGAGACCUCGACAAGCAAAGAAGAUCCACUUCAUUAAAAACAUGAAGCAGUACGACACCAGAGGCAGCAGGAUCGUGCUCAUCUGUGCGAAGAGGUCUCUGUGUGCUGCCUUCUCCAUCCUGCCGUACGGAGAGAGCUUCUACCUCAGUGACCCCACGUUAAACCACCCCAGGAGGAGACACUCCUCUGGGAACAUUUCCACCACCCUAGAGAUGCUGCCGGGACUCGAGGGUUUCCAGCUGGACUCUUAUGGGAGGUCGGUGUCMUACGCCCAGUUCCUGUAUCCCACCAACGCUCUGGUGAGGUGCAAGCCGUCGUCAGCCAGCGACCUGACGCUGCAGAUCCCCAUGUCCAGGAGCACACACAGCAUCCCGGGCAGGAGCCACCCGCCCAGCCGCCUGAGCAGCACCGUGGGACUGGAUCUGGGUGUGGAAGACGUGUCGGAAUACGACCCCAACCUCCUCAGUGACCCCCAGUGGCCUUGUGGGAAACAUAAACGGGUGCUGAUCUUCGCCUCCUACAUGACGACUGUCAUCGAGUACGUCAAACCGUCCGAUCUGAAGAAAGACAUGAACGAGACUUUUAAGGAGAAGUUUCCCCACAUCAAGCUCACCCUCAGUAAAAUCCGCAGCCUGAAGAGAGAGAUGAGCCUCGUCGGGGAGGACUGCGGCCUGCAGCCCGUCACCGUUGCCAUGGCGUUUGUGUAUUUUGAGAAGCUGGUGCUGCAGGGUCGACUCAACAAACAGAACAGGAAGCUGGUGUCGGCUGCCUGCAUCCUUUUAGCUGCUAAGAUCAGCAGCGACCUGAAGAAGCAGGAGGUCAAACACCUCAUAGAUAAGCUGGAGGAGCGCUUCAGGAUCAGCAGGAAGGAGCUGAUUUCGUUUGAGUUCAUCAUCCUGGUUGCCCUGGAGAUGGCGCUGUACCUCCCUGAAAGUAAAGUGUUGCCUCACUACAGGCGGCUGAUGCAGCAGGUGUAGCGGCGCGGCGGCAGUCUGCCGCUCCGUCUUCCACUCCCAGCACCUUCCACCACCUACACUGUGAUCCCAUGAUGCCUUCUCAGCGGCGGCUUCCACACCGUCCUGAGUGGUGCACAAUAAAAACCUGAGAGGGGAACGCCAAAGUUACGACACACUGUGACAUCAGCAAGCGAUUCACCAGAGGUCGGUUUAUCAGAGGGAUACUGAGACCUAUGACAUUACUGUUCCCAGUAUAAACCAGUCAUUUUA